AUGGCCUCCCAGGGUGCCACGCUGCAAAACUACAACAACGAGACUCGAUGCAACUCAAUUCCUUCAGCUGUACAUGUGCAGUGGGAAGUGCUUGUGGACUUUGCCGAUGUGCCAGAGGAGCUGGUGAAGUCGAUUGAAGAUCUCCGUGGCUCAGCUUGUGUGCUCGCUGCCACGGAGGAAGAGGACAAAGCAAAGAUCCAGAAGGAGCUUUCCAUCCUCACUGACCGCUUGCAGAAGAUCAACGAAAGCCUCGUUCGCAAGACUCAGGCCCGGAACGAGUACGACAAGACCAUUCAAGAGACGGAGGCCGCGUACAUGAAGAUUUUGGAGUCGUCGCAGACCCUCCUGCACGUGCUGAAGCGUGAGACGGUGAACUUGACCAAGAAGAAGGGCGAGCAAUGA